GUGAUAGUAUUAUUUUUACAGAUUUGGCAUAGAUGUAAAAUCCUACGAAAGUCAACUAACUUAUAAUAAAAACUACAUCUCAUUGGAAAACAUUGUCCAGUAUCUUAAUCCGAAGUGUAUUUCAAGUUUUAAGAAUUUGUCUUUAUCGCCACGUAUAUUUGGAGAUGAGCGACGAAAUGAAAGUUGUAUUGGUUACCGGGGGCUCCGGUCUGGUUGGUCAAGCUAUAAAAAAAGUGAUCGAAAAAGAACGUCAGGAUGAUCCACAUGCUGACAGUGAGAGCUGGAUAUUUUGUGGGUCCAAAGAUGCAGAUUUAAGAGACAAAGCACAAACAAAGGCAUUGUUUGACAAACACAAGCCAACUCAUGUUAUCCAUUUAGCUGCUAUGGUGGGGGGAUUGUUCCACAACAUGGCACAUAACUUGGAUUUUUUUAGGGAGAACAUGGCAAUCAACGACAAUGUCCUGCAAACCAGUUAUGAAUACAAUGUGAAGAAAGUUGUCUCCUGUCUGUCUACAUGCAUCUUUCCUGAUAAAACAACAUAUCCCAUUGAUGAGACUAUGGUGCACAACGGACCACCACACAUCUCUAACUUUGGUUAUAGUUACGCUAAGAGAAUGAUUGACGUUUUAAACAGAGGAUACAAGAAGCAGCACGGCUGCAUGUUCACCUCGGUGGUGCCCUGCAAUGUGUUCGGGCCACAUGACAACUUCUCCCUCACAGACAGCCAUGUCAUCCCGGCGCUCAUACGUCGCAUGCACGACGCCAUGAUUAACGGCGAGGAGAAGUUCACAGUGCUGGGCAGCGGGCGACCUCUGCGCCAGUUCAUAUUCUCGGAGGACCUGGCGCGGCUGUUCGUGUGGGCGCUGCGACACUACCACAGUGUCGACCCUCUCAUACUCUCCGUGGAUGAAGAAGAGGAAGUGUCGAUAGCGGAGGUGGCAGAAGCUAUAAAGCAGGCGCACGGGUACGGGGGAGAGAUAGUGUUCGACACCAGCAAGGCGGACGGUCAGCACAAGAAGACCGCCUCCAACAGAAAGCUGCGCGCUCUCAACAAACACUUCCAGUUCACGCCAUUCCACACCGCCGUCCACUUCACUGUCGAUUGGUUCAAACACAAUCGCGAACACGCUAGAUUAUAAUUUUAUUUUUUCAAAUAUGUACAGGAAAUCUUAAUAAAGAUAUAUUUAUUCAUUAA